AUGGAGUAUUCUAAAGCAACCAAUAGCAUGUUCAACUUAAUAUGGAAAUUGGAAUUGGUAUUCAAGUUUUGUAUCACCAAGAUGGUGCAGUACAAUUUCAAGAAGAUCACUGUUGUCCCUCCUAGGAAGAACUUCAUUGACAUAACCCUGUCCCGCACUCAAAGGCAAACACCGACUGUUGUCCACAAGGGAUAUGCUCUCUCCCGCAUUCGCCAGUUUUAUAUGCGCAAGAUCAACACAACUAGGAACAUCAUUGGAAAGAUAUCCAAGGACUUCUUGAGGCCCCUCAAGUGUGGAAAGUCCCUUUACCAAUGCAAGCAUCUGAAGGAGGCUGCACUAGGGCGUAUGUGCACUGCUGUGAAGAAGAUCAGUCCUAGUUUGGCUUACUUAGAGCAGAUCAGUAUCGCUCAGCAAGCUGCACUCUUCCACAGUAUAAAGUCUCUGUUCAUGAAUAAGCCUUUGGUCAUUGUGUGCAAAAAGACUGACUUGCAGCCUCUUGAAGGGCUUUUUGAGAAUGACAUGAAACUAGUUAUGGAGAUGAAGGCAGAGGCUAUGAAGACUGUAACCCAAGCUGGUGGUCCUAAUGAAGAGGUAAAAAAUGUUGCAUUCGAGAGGCUUCUUGAACUUAGGGUGGAUGUGAAGAUGAAAUCAAAGAAGAUGAUGGAUUGCUUGAAUAGGUUUCAUGUUGCUGUUCCAAAGCCUCGUGACAACAAGGAGAGGUCUGUUUGCAUACCUCUGGCCGUUCUGGAAGCUAGGGUGAAUGCUGCUGCAAAGGAAAAGAAGCUUGAGAAGAACCUUGAGAAUGAGAAUGGAGGUUCUGGGGUCUAUUCUGCAAGUCUCAAGAAACAUUAUAUAUUGGCCAAUGAUGAAUGGAAGGAAGAUAUUCUUCCUGAGAUACUGGAUGGUCACAACUUUGCUGAUUUUGUGGAUCCAGAUAUCAAAGUAAGGUGUGAAGAGUUGGAAAGAGAGGAGGGGCUUCGUCUGGAAGAACAAGCUGCAGAAGAUGCUUUUCAGAUUGAUGGCCAUGAAUUAACUCAGGAACAGAAGGAUAUUUUGGCUCAGAUUAGGAAGAAGAAGGCAUUACUCAUCCAAGAGCAUAGAAUGAAGAAGAGAACUGCAAAAAGCCGUCCUAUUGUCCCUAGAAAGUUUGACAAAGAUAGGAAAUUCACAACUAAUAGGAUGGGACAGGCAGCUUUCCUCCAUGGGUGUGGAUCCUAG